AUGAAAAAGGUUCCUUAUACCAAUGCUAUAGGUUCUGUGAUGUACUUAAUGGUUAGUACUAGGCCAGACAUUGCUUAUGUUGUCUCUUGCCUGAGUAGAUACAUGUCAAACCCUGGACCUGUGCACUGGGAGGCCUUGAAAUGGCUUUUGAGAUAUCUGAAACAUACUUCUAAGUAUGGUCUGUGUUUUUUGAAAAGUGAUGAUGGUAUAAAUCUAUGUGGUUUUGUGGAUUCCAAUUAUGCAAAUGAUAGGGACAAGAGAAAGUCCACCACUUCUUAUGUGUUUACUGUUUGUGGUUCUUGUAUAAGCUGGAAGUCUCAACUGCAGCACAUAGUAGCUCUCUCCACUACACAAUCAGAAUAUAUAGCCAUCACAGAGGCUAUGAAGGAAGCAAUUUGGUCAAAGGGAGUUCUUUCUGAACUUAAAUUCUUAAAACAUGUUCCUGCUUUGUAUUCUGAUAGUCAGUCUGCUAUUCAAUUAUGCAAAAAUCCUGUUUUACAUGAUAGAACUAAGCAUAUAGAUGUUAGGUUCCAUUUUCUUAGAGAUGUGGUUGAAAAACAAGAAAUUAUGUUGCAUAAAGUGCAUACUGAUAAUAACCCUGCUGAUAUGGGAACAAAGUGUUUGCCUGCUGAUAAACUGCUUACUUGCAUUAAAAGAUUGCAUUUUAAUUGUGGUUAG